GAACCGAAGGCCGUUUUGAGAGUUCAAGUGCUCCAGGAAGAAGGGGGUGGUGAGAUAGGCUUUCAGGCACCUUUGCACCUGAGAGGACUGGCAGCCUGAUUCCUGACCGCAUUUGCACCACACCGAGGACGAAGAUGUCCCCUGCCUCCGCGGCCCGCACGCCCCCUGCUCUGGCGGGGAGGAAAAGGAAUAGUAACCACGAGGCACCGUGCAAAUUGUUUUUCCAGCCUGGUGGGCACAGUGCCUUUUCGGGCGAUUACCCCGUGUCAGAUGAAGACGCAAGGCCCAGUGGCUGGGCAGGUGGCCCGAGGGCUCUCUCCUGCGAGCGGCUAGGUCAGGGCUCCAACCCUGCUUGUCUGGUUCAAAAAUUAGUCACUGCUUUCCUUCUUCACGCUGCUGCCCCGUGAGCACAGAUUCAGAGACCACAUGAGCGGCCAAGGCCCCGUGGGAGAGCUUCUUCCCGGCUGGAUGGACUUCCUGGCCACGAGGCAGCCAAGGAGCAGCGUGUUUGCUGAGAACCGAGUGCGCAUCCGCAAUUCCCUUCAGGGACAGCUGGUCACCGCGGCCUUGAGCAGAAGCUGGUAGGUAGGCCGAGGGAGGCAGGUCCAGAGGAAGGAGGUGGGGCCCCUAUGUUGGAGAACUCCCAAGACCCGUGCAUCAAAGGCGUUCAGAGACCACAGGAGCGAGGAGAGAACUCACCGCGACCAACACAAACUCUUGGAAGCCUCUGGCUGCCGGCCUUUCUCUCCGUGUGGCCCAGCUACCCCCCAGCCGCUUCCAGGACCCUCGGCCUCGCGGGUCCCUGGCCUGCAAGACGCAGGCUCCUAAAUGCUUCAAGCACGGAGGGAGAAAGAGAGAGAGAGAUCGAAAGAGAUAGAAGGGAAUCGGCUUCUCUUCUGGCCUUAGGAGACGCGCUCCAGCGAGCGGCCAGGCUUGUUUUAACCUUCGGCUCCUCCGGGUCUUUUCUCCCCGGCUCCUCCCAUGUAAAUGUGCUUCUUCAUCAGGGUCCAGAUUCUUACCCCUCUGGCCUGAGCCAGUGUGGGGAGCGCGUCGGGACGCCUGCAGGGUGCGGCCGAGGCCCGGGAGGGCUCCAAGGCCCCGUGGGGCGAGAAGGAGCUGCGGGGGUGCCCAGUGCACCCCGAGGACCGCGGGGUGGCUUCUCUGGGAGUGGCGACGCGGCUCUGGCGGUGGACCGUCCCUUGAGUGGCUUCCUCUUGAGCUGGGUGCCAAGGGUGCAGGAAAGAGGUAACUCAGUGUCAGCCCUGGAGGAGCCUGUCACCCGGUGGGCACCCGAGCAAAGGGCAAACCUGCAGGAGCCCUUGGAAAGAAACAGGAGAACACAUGCAAAAACACCGCUGAGUACCGCUGGCAUCCUGAGCUCCGCCUCCACCGCUUCCAACAGGUCGAGGAAUAGGACGCGCUAUCGGACCAAAGCCGUGAGCUCCGAGGUGGAUGAGAGCCUCUUUGGAGGGGUCAAGCCUCUGGCCCAGAGCAACAGCCCCAUCGUUCUCCUCCGAGAUAAGCAUGCCAUUAGGAAGACCCUCACGGCCCUGGGCUUGGAGAACAAGCCAGAGACCAUCCAGCUCAUCACCCGGGACAUGGUCCGGGAGCUCAUCGUUCCCGCCAAGGAUCCCUCUGGGGAGUCCCUCAUCAUGAGCCCUGAGGAAUUUGAGCGCAUCAAGUCGGCAUCCCACGUCCUGACCAGAGAAGAGCUCGAGGCCAGGGAGCAGGCCUUCAAGAAGGAGAAGGAGGCCAUCGUGGACGCGGUGACCAAGCGCAAGAAGGUCAUGAAGCAGAAGGAGAUGGCACGGAGAAACACUGAGAAGCUCAGUGACCUGGAGGAGGUGGCCCAGGAGAGGGCCCAGAGCCUGCUGCAGAGAGCCAGUGUGCUGCGCAUGGAGCAGGAGGAGGAGCUCAAGGACAUGAGCAAGAUCAUCCUUAAUGCCAAGUGCCAUGCCAUCCGGGAUGCCCAGAUCCUGGAGAAGCAGCUGAUUCAAAGAGAGCUGGAUGCAGAGGAAAGGCGACUGGACCAGAUGAUGGAGGUGGAAAGGCAGAAAUCCAUUCAAAGGCAGGAGGAGCUGGACUGGAAGAGGAGGGAGGAGAGAAUCCGAGGAAGACGGCACAUCGUGGAGCAGAUGGAAAAGAACCAGGAGGAGCGGUCGCUGCUUGCAGAGCAGCGGGAGCAGGAGAAGGAGCAGAUGCUGGGAUACAUGGAACAGCUCCAGGAGGAGGAUCUACGGGACAUGGAACAGAGGCACCAGCAAAAACUAAAGAUGCAAGCUGAGAUUAAGCGCAUUAAUGAUGAAAACCAGAAACAGAAGGCAGAGCUACUGGCUCAGGAGAAGCUGGCGGACCAGAUGGUGAUGGAGUUCACCAAGAAGAAGAUGGCUCGAGAAGCAGAGUUUGAGGCUGAGCAGGAGAGAAUACGGAGGGAGAAAGAGAAGGAGAUCACCCGUCUGAGGGCCAUGCAGGAGAAGGCCCAGGAUUACCAGGCAGAGCAGGACGCCCUGCGGGCCAAGCGCAACCAGGAGGUUGCAGACAGGGAGUGGCGCAGAAAGGAAAAGGAAAAUGCACAGAAAAAGAUGGAGACAGAGGCCAAACUACGCAGCAGCCGGCUGGAGCAGGUGGCUUUCAAGGAGCACAGUCUGGCCGUUCAGGUGCAACGGGACCGGGAUGAGUUCGAGAGGAUUCUUCGGGCUCAGAGAGAGCAGAUCGAGAAGGAGCGUCUAGAGGAGGAGAAAAAGGCCACGGGGCGCUUGCGGCAUGCCAACGAGCUCAGGCGCCAGGUGCGCGAGAACCAGCAGAAGCAGGUGCAGGACCGCAUUGCCACCUUCGAGGAGGGCCGGCGCCUCAAAGAGGAGGCCCAGAAGCGGCGUGAGCGCAUCGAUGACAUCAAGAAGAAGAAGAUUGAGGAGCUGAGAGCCACCGGUCUCCCUGAGAAGUAUUGCAUCGAAGCGGAGCGCAAAGCAAACAUCCUGCCAGCCACCUCUGUGAACUAGGGAAGCCUCGGAGUCCCUGGGGAUGCCCACGGGAACAGGCUCUGCCCAGCCUCUGGGCGUCCAUAACUGCCACUAACCUAGACAUUUUAUAGUUACAGAUUAAAUUUAUUCUACUU